AGCGGAAUGAAGGGAAGGGCCAUGGGAGUGAGCGGAGGGACGGCAAGCCUCUUCGAAGUCCUUGAUGGAAAGGAAACGAAAGAUGGCGAAAGAUCCCGCUGGAUCGGCAAAGACAUAUCGCAUGCUGUCGAUGAGGUCGGGUUCUACGAGAAAGCUCAGGCAAUGAAGGACCAGCCGGGCUGGGGAGUGUUGAGUUACACCUUUGAAUCACUCGGAGUUCAAGACCUCCCUUGCACCAGCAGCGAUGGCAGCGAGGACCUCGGAACAAAGAAGCUCCUGAUCCUGCACAACCUCCACCACAGGAUGAAGAAACUGCGCAUGCAGGAUGUCAAGAUCGGGAAGUACACGGCAGAUGCCGACUGGAUGGGAAAGUCGAAGACGGCGGCUUUCAGGAACAACAUCGUGGAUGACAUCACCAACAGCGGGAAAGAAGGAUACCGUUUGGAAGGGUUUGACUCCAUGCCUUCGUCUCUGGAAACGCUUGAUCCCUCCCUUGAGAUGGGCAAGACGAGCUCUCCUGAGAAGGAGAAGAAGAAAAUCAGACGCCUGCAGUUCCAACGGCUCUCGGCAGAGAAGUUCCUCAACUUUCUCCUUGACCUGGCCGACGUGGAAGAGAGAUCGAUUGAGGUCACGCUGUCUCGAGAAGAAUUUGCCGAGGCAGUCUUGCGGAACAUCUUGAAACAGAUGUCAGACCUCUGCAGGUAUUUCGAGCAGGUCCCGGUCCCUCAGAAAUGGAUCGGAUCGUCGGUGGCGCUGGGUUUUGACGUGUUCCAACUCCCGACCAGAGAUGAAUCUGGUCUGAGGGAGAUGAUAAAAGUCAUCGUCAACAUCUUUGAUUGGGGACGUAGCGAGCUCCUUCAGGAGAGUGAGUUCAACGCCCUUAGCCAGAAGGAUCAGCAAGACCGGAGAGAAUUUUGGUCUCAUUACAAAGCUGGGAUAUAUCGUCUGUACUACGAGCUUGCAAGGAUCUAUCAAAACAGAUACACGUCUACGGCAUUGCAACAUCUUCGGAUUGUUGUGAGCGAUUACGACGCGAUGUCCAACGACGACGCGAUUGGAGAAUGCGUGAUCAGCAUGAAGGAGACAGGCGGAAUGAUUGAGGUCCCGCUCGUCACAGGAAAGAAGCUCCUGACCGUGAAAGGCGAGCAGUCCAAGAUCUCGGUCAAGAUCGAGAAGAGAACAUACCCGCCUGUGGCGGGCAAGGGCAGCAGGUUUGCAUCCGGAUGGCUGGUCACGAUUGGAGGCAUCAACGUCAUUCCAAACGAGGACAGGAUGCGUGGGAUGCUCGACUCGUCUGUGAAUCACAGCGAUCCCUUCCUCAUCGUCGAGGCUCUGGAGCAGGCGGACAGCAGCCAGCGCGUGUCUUUCCGUCGGUCUCGGUGCAUCAUGAACAACGAUCGCCCCACUUGGAACGAAGUUUUCGAGUUUCCAGAGGCUCGGUCGGACGCAGAGCUGAACUUCUUCAGGAGCUGCGGAAUUCCUAAGGACCCUUCCUCUCUCUCUGCCGCUGAGAUCAGCAGUUUCUUCCCCCUGAAGAAGGAGGACGUAGCUGAAGGAUUCCGACGAUUUCUCGCUUGCGCGGAUCUCAAGUAUUGAGGGGUCCCAGUCAGCUGAACUGUAUGGAAUCACUAUCUUCCAGCGCAGCCACCGACUGGCCCUGAGAAUGGACUGACCUGUUGCUGGUUCGCUGGGUCCAACUUAAUUUUCCGUAUGUCUAUGGUGAGCUUCAUGUUGUUUUUGUUUUCAUGUUGCGAUAAAGCAUGUCAUGUAUC